AAACAUCUGUCGUGCAUUGAGUUAUUCAGUUAACCUCAUGCGUUUUUUAAUCGUAUUUGCUAGUAUAGUGCUGGCUGUGUUAGCUGUGCCAGUACAGUGGUCUACAAUGGAAGUAAUCAAUAAAACGACACAUGCUCGUCUUAGUAGUGGUUGUAGCUUCAGGAUAAACGGCGAUCUUGGACAACCUCAGCCAGUCUAUCUUCUUGAGAACAAUUUUCUGCGCGCCAGCGGCAACACGGGCCAGAUCAACCUCCGUGUUGACCAGCAAAUACGCGUUAGCUGUCCCGGCAAUAGAAACAGUAUUCGCCACACAAACGUAGCGUCUCCGGUUCAGACUGCUACUGCAACUUGCGUAAGCAAUAAUGAAGUAUCUGGAGCAGGGUGGCUUAGUAAGAAUAGUGAUUUUGGUGGUCUUACAUGUUCAGCAAAUGCUGCGCACCAGGCUCAAGCGACAGGUCGCAGAUGCUUCAACAACAAUAUUGUAAUCAGAGUCGGUUUCACCGUUGACGACGUAUUCCAUAUAUGGUAUCAUUCCUGUUUUGACGAAAAACGCUUGGAAGUUUUAUAUGUUUGGUACAACCAAGAUGCAACAAACGCAGUUUCUCAAAAUAACGUGCCCCGGCCAAAUUUUACAGGUGGUGGUUUUUUCCCUGGUGUUAAUAUCAACAGCGUAUAUACAAAAGCACAACAAAAAAAGGCCGUUGCAAAAAUUGUUGGACAAUACAUGGCUGACCGUUAUAUGACAAACAAUCAGUAUUUUGCACAGGGUCACCUUGCGGCAAAAAGUGAUUUCAUCUUCGCUACUGGCCAGCGUUCUACAUUCUAUUUAAUCAACGCAGCUCCUCAAUGGCAACAAUUUAACGCUGGAAAUUGGAAAACCUUAGAGCAGAAUCUUCGCGCUCGUAUCGGUAAUGCAGGUUACACAACUAUCAUUUAUACCGGUACUUUCGGAGUCACUCAACUCCGCGACGCACAAGGACAACUCCGUGAUAUCUUUCUUCAUCAAUCUGGUAAUACUAGCCAGGUUCCUGUACCUCAAUUUUAUUAUAAGGUGGUGUAUGAUGCGAGUCGUCGUCUCGGAACUGCUUUCGUGGGUAUUAACAAUCCGUACUACACCGCUGCUGAAGUGCGCACUCUUCAAUUCUGUACGGACCGCUGUCGGAACAACAACGCCUUCAGCUGGCUCAACUGGCAGCCCGACCGGAUCGAUCUCGGUUACAGCUUCUGCUGCACUAUUGCAGACUUCAGAAGAAACAUCACCCACAUUCCUAAUUUUAAUACCAUAGACCUCUUAACAUAAUCUUACACCCCGAGUAUACAUGUAACAAACUGACAACAAUUUUAUUUUUUCAACGUUUUCGUUUACAGUUUUUAUGUAUUUAUGGUAAUUAAACACUUUUUUUAGAAGAGUUCAAACUAUCUUCCAGAGUGUAUCUCAGAAAGUAUUCAUUUAAGGGAUAACAGUUAAUAGUAGAUAGUUGCAUCGAGCGCAAAGUGAUUAUUAAUGCACGAGUAAAAUCAACAUAACAUGUUGAUUUUACUUUGACAGAUUUUACUAGAAAUAAUUCCACGCGGACCAGGCAACACAUUACUGUUCCUUCAUUACUAUUCCAAUUUAGGAGUUGAAAAUCUUACCUUUUCCGUCCAUCCAUACCAAGUCAUUCAUAAGUACUAGUUUGGAAAAAAAAACUUUUCACAUAUACAUACAUACUGGACUAUUCAAAACGGUCCAUAAUCCACACUAAAUGUUCAACAAAUAUUUAUUUGCAAAUAUUAAUUUCUUAUUUUAUCACCAUAGUACUUUUACUUAUUAAAGAUUUAAAGAAAAUUUUAUGAAUUUGUAGUUGCAGGCCCCAAAUUAUUAUCUUAAUUUCAAUAAGUGUAGCACUAUUUUAUGAUUAUUUAUGGGUCACUAAUGAUUAUAUGAUUAUACUAAACUGUGCCUUGUGUUGAAAUAAAUAGAAAUAUACAUAAACACUAAAGUUAUUUUCCCAAAUAAUGGCAUCAGUAUUAUUGCAGCCUUGGGGUCUAAUUUUUUAACAACUCCGACUUUAGCGGCAUUUUCAGAAAUUUGUAACAAAAAUCAGUAUUCAGAAGCUCCUUUUUGGUUCUUAAUAAUUUUCUGCAGAACUUCAACCUCCAUACAAUGUCCAAUGGAGUGAAUAUUAAAACGUAGUGUGAAUUGAUAUUAUAUUAAUAUAAUAAUUGUGGCGCAUCUUGAAUUUCCAUCACAAAUAUUGUUAUUCUUUUAUAUCUUUGUACCUAUAACUGCCACUUUUUAGGGUUCCGUACCUCAAAAGGAAAAAACGGAACCAUUAUAGGAUCACUUUGUUGUCCGUCCGUCUGUCAAGAACGUUUUUCUCAGGAACGCGUGGAGAUAUCAAACUGAAAUUCAUAUCUAAUACUCAUGUCAUGCUCCCUUGGAGCUGUGAAAAAAUUCAACUUCUAAGCCAAAGCAAUCAAAAGAUACAGCCGUUUAU